GUCCUGUGCUCGCAUCGGCGUCGUCUCCUCUCCUCUCACCUCUCCUCUCCUCUCCUCCCUGUUUUCCUGCGAUGCUGCAGACUGUGUCCUCUCCAUCUCCGCUCAGGCUGGAUGUCUCUAUCCAUCCUCCUCUUCUUCCCUUCUCGGUGUAACUCUUCUCCGGCGAAAUACCGGAAUCUAACCGGAUAAGAGAACCCCAGAUGUCAUGAAGUCCCAUCUUCCAAAUUACGACACGCUGGAAAAACAUGUUAAAAUGAGCCCCUACUGUGCCACUAAGACUCUUUGAUAGAGAGACUUUUUUUCGUAAUUGAUGCCAUGGAUGAUUGAUUUUUUUUAAAGUGCUCUUGAGGGUGCCAUUAACUCAGAGCUUUUUUCCAUCAUGUGUGAGCGAGGAGAGCCCUUCGGUGAGGGGGAGUUGAGGAAUAACAACCAGCAGGGUGGCGUGCUGGCUGACGGUGAUGCCAAUGCCAAUGAUAUUCGGGCGGAGGAUACCGAGAGAACCGGGGAUACGGGCUCUCUGUCGGGACAGAAGCCUGAAACGGCCGAGCAGGACAAAGUCAUCAUCUGGGGAACGGAUUCUCAGUGUGACGACCCCGAGCUGGCUGAGUUUGAGAUGUUGGAGUGUCAGGAACUGGAGGCUUACCUGGUUGAGGACGGAGAGGACUUUGUUGGGCUUGCAGAGCGGAAGGGGCUCCAAGAACAGCCCUCUGAAGAACAAGCAAUAGAUAAUAAGAACAAAGACGAGGGGAAGUCAGUUCCACAUGGUGCCACUGAGCCGGAAUCCACUGCCUCUCACGUGUCUAGGACUGAGUUAAGCUCUGAAACUGACGUCUUUGUGUCCUGUCUGUCGUCCAUGUCAAGCAUGGCCACUGCUAUGGACACUGCUAGCAGGACGCAAAUGACGGACUCCUGGCACUUUGCCUCGGGUCCUCACUCAACCAUCUCUGAAGACCUGACUUCCCAGACUUGCGCCACCAUGUCUGAGAGAAACAAGGCUUCUCAAAGAGCUGAUCAUUCUUCCCACUUCACCACAAAAAGCACAAUGCAUCAGAAAGACGUGGAUGUGAACUUGAAUUCAACGGUUCCCUCAGACGACGUUGGACCACAGGCACAAGUGAACAAUGGGUUUUUAUGCAAGGAUGUCAGUGACGAGCACAGGAAGAACAAUAACCGGAGAGAUAAAGCGGAGGGAGACAGCGAUGAUCGAGGGAGGAGCCCUGAGCACAAAGCUUCAUCAUCUGCAGCAAAAUCUCACAAAGAAAGUAAUGCUAAAAUGGAUAAAAGCACACAAGCUGAUGAAACCCCUGACUUGAGCUUCAGGUCACCCAAAACUGGUACAAAAGGGACUCAGUCAUCAGCUGAACCCAAAGCCAUAAAGAAACAAGGCUCCUUUGAUAAUGCACUGAAUAAACAAAACUCUUUUGACAGGAGUUUUAAAAAGCAACCUUCGUUUGAGAAUACUUUCAAGAAGCAGCUCUCUUUUGAUAACAGCUUAAAGAAGCCGGGCUCCUUUGAGAAUAUGGUCCCUUCCGGCUCUUCAAGUCUGGAGAGGAGGAAACCAUGGGGGAGCCCUAGUCGACCAGCAACUCCUGGGUCCCCAAAAACUACCUCCUGCUCCCCGAAGAGACGACCUCCAGGUUCUCCAGCCAAGGUCCAGGGCACCAGGGCUCUGAGCUUGGAGCGCAGUGACUCCCCUCAUAGAGGUAUGAGCCAAAGUGUCAAGCCGCCAGGAAAGACAAGUCUGACCAGUGGCAUCCCCAAACCUGUCAUCUCGCAACACAAAGAGCCCGAACCCAAGAGAUCCCCCCCUCCCCAGAAGCCUAAAAACGUCCGACCGAAAAUCAUCACGUACGUUCGGAAGAAUACUUUGGCAAAACCGCAAAUCUCUGAUGGCCCGCAUGAAUCCUCCACGCACCCACAGAGACUAUCUUCUUACUGCAGCCCACCAGCUCACAAAGAUCCAAAAGUUGCUGCUCAGCCUAAAUCCACGCCAGUGCUCUGUUCCUCCAACCUGCUAUUUGACAAAUAUCGACAGGAGAUGCAGAAGGCGGGUCACUAUCCUCCAGGCGUCACUGCGACCGGGGUGAAACCUCCGAGCGGCUCCACAUCCCAAAGACUGGGUGGAAAGUCAGGCAGCUUUCAUGAGGAGAUGUCUGAGAAAUAUCUCCAAGAGAAUGUUUCCCAAGAUGGAGGAAGUGUCUACCGCUCACCCAGAACACUGAGACCUCAGCUGGGCUUGGGGGCGGUCACCAGGCAGCCUGCAUCCAAGGCAAGAGUUCAGCAGGCAGGUCAGAGGUCAACACCAGUCCAGACUGCUCAAACAGCCAGAGUGUCCACGUCAAGCCACCAAGAUCCAGCAGGGGAGCAAAAGAGGUCUGGUUCAGAAGGCAUCUCUAAAAGCCUCCUACCUAAAUCAGGCCAGUCCGGCCUCCGUCCUCCAGGCUUCUCCGCCCUCCCGGCUUCUCGUCUGGCUGCCUUUGGCUUCGUCCGGAGCUCCAGUGUCUCGUCCGUUUCCAGCAACCAGUCUAAUGAAAGCGACCACUGCCGACCCUCUCAGCAUCCCAGCAGUGGCAGCGAUGACACUCCUCCACAUAAAGCCACAGCGCCCCCACCCAGGGAAGCCUCGUAUGCCCAGAGUCGGCCUCACCCUCCCAACGCCCCGAGCCUGCAGCGCCGCAGCUUGCCUCCGCAGCACUCCUCCCCACUCGCCUCUAGGAAAGAGUUGCAGAAAGACACAGAGUCUGCACUGUCACCAAAGUCCUCCCCUAAAAGAUGUGCAGUGGUUCCACCCAAGCCACAAUCCCCCGUUCGCGGGCGGACAACGACCAUUCACGGUUCACUCCGGGCCGAAAGGGCGCAGGAGCUGGACCGAGCUCUGAUCCAGCAGCUGCGGCAGCGCUGCGAGCAGCAGGCCCUGCAGCUGGAGAGCCUGCAGGCCCAGUUAAAGAAGGCCACCCUGUGCAUGGAUGUUUUCAGCAUCACCACCCAGCACUUCUGUCUCAAGAGCGAGAGCGCCAUUGUAAAGGAGAGGGAACUGUCCCUGGAGCUCUCCAGAAUCAGGGAUGAAGUGGCUUUUAGUGUUGCACACUGGGAGCAACUGCAGCAGGAGAAGGAGGAACUGGAGCGUCACUUCGAGGCUGAGCUGCAGGGAUUGCGGGCUCGGCAGCAGAAGGAGCUGGGAGCGCUGGAGGAGCGUCUGACGGCCCAGCACAGGGACGAGACCGAGGGCCUGCAGGCUCAACAACGGGCCGAGCUGGAGGAGCUACGGUUCAAGCAGGAGGAGCAGCUCGAGGAGAUGACUGAGAACCAUGAGUCAACCUUGAUGGAGAUGGAGACAGCUCACAACGAUACUCUGGCCACUCUGCAGGACGAGCAUGCCAGGACUGUGAAGAAUUUGAAGAUGGCCCACGAACAGCAGAGGAAGUCUCUGGAAGAAGAGUUUCAAAAGAUCAGACUGUCACUGCAGGAUCAGGUGGACACGCUGACGUUUCAGAAUCGAAGCCUCAGAGAUCGAGCCAAGCGAUUUGAAGAGGCCCUUCGCAGGAGCACAGAUGAGCAGAUCGUGGAUGCUCUGGCACCAUAUAGACACAUCGAGGAGGACCUGAAGAGUCUAAAAGAAGUUCUGGAGAUGAAAAAUCAACAGAUUCAUCAGCAGGAGCUGAAGAUUUCAGAGCUGGAGAAAAUACAGGCUGAAAAGAACGUGUACCUGGAGGAGAGACUACAGGUGCUGCAGCAGCAGAACGAAGACCUGAAGGAACGAAUAGACAAGAACCUCGCUGUGUCCAGGCAACUCUCCGAGGAAAAUGCGAACCUGCAAGUGCACGUGGAGAAGGAGAGCAAUGAGAAGAAGCGCCUGAGUCGCACCAACGAGGAGCUGCUGUGGCGUCUGCAGACGGGCGAGCUGAGCCCUCACAUGUCCCCCAGCUCCUCCCCUAUCCACCGGCCCUGCUCCGGACCGGGCUCACCUGCACGCCCACACUCCUACCAUCAAUGAUACACGGUGGAAGUUCUUCUAUCGAGAGCUUUUUUUAUUUUAUCUGGUGUUGAAUAUCCAGAUUUGUUUCUUAAAGACUCUUUAAUGAAUGUUCCUCUCAUUAAGAAAUGUAGGAUUUUACACUCGAUGGAAAUAGGCUUUUGGGACAACCCACUCACACGCGUGAAGCAUUUCCAAAGUGGAACAGCAGGAAUUUUAAUCUCUGACCUAACGAAUCGUAUUAAUGAUCACACCUCUUAUUUUUCAAGAGGGCACUGUCUGUCCUUCACAGUUUUUCCUAUUGCACACAAACGCCCCACCAAACAGGUGCACUGCAAAACUCCAGCAUGAAAAGAGAUUGUGGGUUCAUUGUGGGUUCCAGAGAGCAGAAUCACAGUCAUGGUGCCUCAUUGCCAACUCUCCCGCCUCCAUUUACAUCCCCACCGUCAUCCCAGCGCUCAGGAUGAUGAACGAAGAAGACAUAGCGAACCUCAAAAGUGCAACAGCAAACUAAAGAAGCGCCUUUUACCAUCUUUUCUCUCCCACCAGCAACGACUAUGGGGUCACAACUCUAAAAAAGUAAAAUUACAAAACUACCUUCAGUAAGUUACUCUCAAAGAGAGGAUCCUUCUCUGGGGCGUGUUGACAUUAUUUCAUAUGGGAUGAGAGUAUGAAUGACUACCCAAGCCAUCUAACCUCAAUCAGCCAUCCCACGUUCCUCUCAAAAUGUUUGCAUUUACUUGAAAAGUGUGCUUACGACAUUACUCCUAAAUCCACUGAACUGCCAACACAGUGUAACUAUAUAUUUGAGUUGAAUUUGCAAAAUCUUUAAAUGUAUUGCAUGCUUUUGUCUUCCAGCUAUAAUGACGUUUAUUUAAGGUUUACCAUAUGUGACGAUAUGGAAGCGGAAAGGCGAAGGGGCAACGCAUCUUAUUUCCAAGAAAUAUUGGAAAAGGAUUUGUUCAUAUGAAACCAAGAAAUAAUCAUUGCGCCGUACGUUUCAGGCUUGUUUCCCCUCGCCGCCGGUCGAGCUAGAAAAAUAUAAUCCGCCAAGAUAAAAAUGCAAAGAUCCGUAGGAGCCACCAAAGCGAAAAUCAUUAAACACGGCAGUUCAUUAUGUACUGUAGCUGUCAUACGUCUGGAGUUAUAAUUGCUGCGGAAUCAGCCAUAAAUGGUGCCGGCGCUGCAAAAUGUAGAUCUGUUAUGUUUCAUUGCUCCUCUGUAGGAGGUGCCCAUUAGUGAUCUCGCAGCUUGUUUUCUGGGUUUUCAGCACAGAACAAAAAAAAAAAAAACAUUUUAAUGGGUCCCAAAAUUUCCAUCACCUCCGAUUGACUUUUGGCAAAAUCCCUGUUGUGCAUUCUGACUGCAGCGUUACCUCAUUUCUCAUUGCAGAGAAUAUUCUCAGGUAUUGAAGAGAAUCGUAGUCAUCAAAGGGAAGCAGCUGCCAUGUGUGUUUGAGUUCAUUUUCCUUUUUUUUUUUUUUUUACCACAUAGUCGCUCAUCUCUGAGGUUUUGCAAGAAUAUUUUAAAGAGUGUCAGGAAAUAUACGAAACUAUACCGAAAUAGUGUUUUAUUAUGUUAAUGGAUUAUUAUCCCGAUAAAGCGUUAUUUCUUUUACUGAACUGCUCUGAUGUACAAUGCGGAAAUGCCUGGGGUUUGACUGUGCGUGAGUUGUAUUUACUGUUUUGGACAACUGGUGGGUUUUUGCUUUGACAGGAAAGUGGAUGUUUUUUUUUCUUUUUUCCCGUCAGGUUCUCCGAUUGCACUGACUGCCUCUGUGUCCCGUGGACAUGACCUUGCUCUCAUUUUCUGAAUGUUUGUCAGACACUAGAAUAAGAGGUUUUGUUUACACUUUGCGUCGACCCGUCACGUGGGUGUCGUUACUUCUGUUGGUUGUUUACAGAACUUACGUUGUUUAAGAUUGUAUUCAGUAUUUCAGAAAUCCAUGCCCUGGGUUUAUUAUGAAAGCAUGUCUUAAUCAGAUUGUUUUACAUUCCUUGUGCUUUUCAUUUAUUUAUGUUUAUUUAUUCGUCCUCCUCCAGAACUGUAGCUUAGCUGGUUAUUGUGGUCAAUGAUGACGAUUAAUGUCCAUAAUGUAUAUGUUGCACUUUGUAUUUAAGUAUUAAAUCACAGUCAGUAUAUAUAA